AUUCCUUAUCUGCACUCAACAGGGACUCCUUCAAAGGACUAAAGAGCCUAACAGAAUUACAUCUAUCCGACAAUCGCCUUGAUCACAUUCCUCAGGAUCUAUUCCACGGUCUCAAUUUAUUGAAGAUCCUAAAAUUGUCAACUAACAGAAUUGAAAAUUUACACUCCCGGACAUUUGUAAGCCCUAAGAAUUUACAGUGCAUCGAUUUGAAGAAUAAUCUCCUGGAGAACAUCCAUGAAAAUCUCUUGAUAUCUCUUAAAGAUUUAACAACAGUCGACCUAUCCAACAAUAGACUUAGAAACCUUCCGGAAAAUCUUCUGAGAAAUGCGACUAAACUGGAAGAAUUAGAAGUAUCGAGAAAUAAGAUUAAAGAUUUGAAAAUUGCGUUGUUCAGAAACCUUUUGAAUUUGAAGAAAUUGGGACUUUCAGAAAAUGAUAUAUCUUUUAUACCCGAUGAAGUGUUUGGUCAUCUUAUGAAUUUGGAGCAUUUAUCACUGAGAAGGAACAAAGUGAGUCACAUUACGAAUAAAUCGUUUAACAAUCUCUCAAGCCUUAUCACCCUCGAUCUAGCAAUGAAUAAUAUCAGACAAAUAGAAAAUCACACGUUCUACGGAUUGCCGAAACUUCAGGAACUACGUUUAGGUCAUAAUUCGAUAACGAAUCUUCCUGAUGAACUAUUCGGUGCUCUUGGACAACUCAGGAAGUUGAUGCUUUUCUCCAAUCACAUCACACAUCUGGGAGAGAAAUCUUUCGUGGGAUUGCAUCGAGUAACCAUACUUUCUCUCAAUAACAACCUUCUGAAAUUUCUACAUCCAACAGUUUUUGAACCAUUAACUAAACUAACUAAACUUCGUUUAGAUUGGAAUGAACUACAUUUCCUUCCGCAUGGCUGCUUGGACAGGAUACCAAGGCUUUUGGCUGUUAAACUUGGAGAAAAUCCCUGGCAUUGUGACUGUCGUGCUAUUUAUUUAGCCCGAUGGCUAAGGUCUUCUAGUUCUCAUCUUUGGAAUACCGAACCACUAUGCAAGAGUCCCGAAAUCUUAGAAGGUCAAUCCGUAGGUCUUCUACGUUUCGAUAACCUAUGCAAGGGUCAAUGGGCUGCAAUGGUCAACUUAUCUCCACGUUUACCUAUCCGGAAGCAACUUAUGACUGCCUCUCGCACCCUCAGUGAUGUUCUUCAACAACACAACGAAAUGAUGAGCAAAGUGAAAAUUCUCUAGUUCUCAAAUUACGGUCAUUAGGGAAGUAUAACACAUAUCAUUCUUAGGGAGGAAUGUUAUCGAUCGAAAAAUCAUGCUUUUUUGUCCUAAUUUUGAUGUGUUUGAUAUCCCUUCUAUUGGUUUUUCGUCAGAACUCUACCAAAAGUCAAUUUGUCUUAAUUAAAUGGCAUUGGAAGGUAAUACAGAGAGGCAUCGAAAAAAAAAGCAAUUCUCUUCCUAAUUGACAAAUUAAGCAAUAUUGUGUAUCCCAAAUACAAUAAAUUCA